AUGUAUUUUGCCAAAUGGGGCCAACGGAUUCAUGAGUCACUGGAAGUGCAUUCCGUAAGGCUUGCCGGAAGAGAAAGUCGACUGGAAGAGCCUUUUGCCAAGGACAUGUACCAGUUGGCUGAUGAAAUUGUUUGUGCCAUGCUGCCAAUCAUCCAGGAUAAACCAUUUGCAUUUUUUGGCCACAGUAUGGGAUCCUAUGUUGCUUUUUUGACUGCACUAAACCUAAAAGAGAAGUAUAAGCUAGAACCAGUGCAUUUCUUUGUGUCGAGUGCUCCUCCACCCCACUUAAAGGACCAGUUUUGCAUGCCCAGAGAUAAGCAAUUGUCUGAAGAACAAGUUAUCCGUCGACUCAUUGAUUUUGGAGGCACCCCCAAGCAUGUUGCUGAAGACAAGGAAAUGUUACAACAAUAUAUUCCCAUUCUGAUGGCAGAUGUUCACAUCGUGAGUUCUUACACCUGUGAUACGCUAUCUGAGGCUGUUCUUUCUUGUGACUUAACAUGCUUUCGUGGAUCCAAAGACAUAGCAAAGGAUAUGGAAGCUUGGAAAGAUAUAACCAACGGAAGUAUCAACCUUCAUGUCCUUCCAGGAGAUCACUUUUAUCUUAUGGAACCUGAUAAUGAGAAAUUCCUCAGAGACUACAUAACCAAGUGUCUAGAAAUAUCAUCACUUGCCAAUUUUUAG